UUCUUCUUCACACCCAAAUCUCAGAAUUCUCGGCCAUUGUUCUCUUCCCAGAAAGCCCAGAGUUUUCAUUUUCCUCUCACAUGAGGGAAGAAGGGAGAUUUGGUUACGGUAGGAGUGAUGGAGAGUCCAUACUAUGCGCCGCCACACGUGGACGGAUCUCGGCCGUCGCUCGGCUUCCCCCUCGGCACUGCCCUCCUCUUGAUCAUCAUCUUCAGCUUGAGCGGCGUCUUCUCCUGUUGCUACCACUGGGAGAAGCUCCGCUCCCUCCGCCGCUCCUUCUCCGGCGAUCGGGAUCUUGAGGCCGCUGGCGACGACGGUUCCCUUUCCAAGCCCAGGCCUCCUCCCGCGGACUCGAAGCGAAAUCAAAGCCAGAGCCUGCCGGUGUUGAUGCCCGGGGAUGAUAUACCGAGGUUCAUAGCACUGCCGUGCCCUUGUGAGCCGCCGCGGCCGGGCAACGUCAUUGUGGAGGUGCAGAAGCCGCCCAAACCGCCGCGCAUAGCGGUGCCCCUGUAUUAGCAAGAACAUCUUUGCGGCUCGUAAAAAUCACUUCUUUGUUACUUGUGAAAAAUAUUGAAUUGGUUGCCAUUAAUACAGGAACUGGAGAUCUCUGCAUUGGUUUCUUUCUCUCCGUUAGUUCCUCUUUCAUGUUACCAAUUUCGUGUCAAUUAAUAUGGACCUUGAGUAGCAAAAUUGUACCAGGAAACCUGAAAUCCAUGAGUAGAAUAUGAAAGAGAUAGUUUUGCUUCUCUAAUUACGCGCAAAAUUGCCUCUCUCCGUUCAUGUGGAAUAUUGAUAAAGUUCUGAUCUUUGAG